AUGUCAACUCUUGGACAAGCAAAAUACGGAAUAUAUACUCAUUUAGCUCAAUUUCAAACGCACUGUUGGAAACAUUGGGAUAUAUCAGUACCUCUCUCGAUAUUUGAAAAGAAGGAAGCGGAAAGUAGACGUGAAAGAGAACGAUUGAAUGCUCAAGUGACCGGUUGGUGGGGUCCUGCAAAAGGUGUACCACUUAUGGUUUUUAUCUUGACAAAAAUACCAAUUCCAAAUGUAGAGAACACGAACCGAUCUCAUUUACCAGUGUUUAUGAAGAAAUUACAAGAGUCAUUACAGGCAAAAAUGAGACACUUACUUCGAUCCAUUCGUCUUAUACCGAUACCCUCUGACAAUAACGCUAGUCAUAAUAAUCUAGAGUUUAAGUCCUUAUUCUGCCUUCCUCAAGAUCAAUUUCCCUUUCUGCAUAUGAUUCCUGAAAUACCAUCAACCCUUCGAUCAGAUGAUCAAGAACAACAAUAUUCGUUUGAAGAUCCAUCACAAUUGGAUAUCGACACUUAUCUCUCCAAAAUAGAUUACUUUGCAGAUACGAUUACUCAAUCUGACACGAUUAAUCAAUUGCAAGAUUCCUCUAUAACGACAGUAAAAUCCAAUGGAAAAAGAAACAACAAAAUACAAGUAGCAAAUAUGUUGGAAGAUUAUGGAAACAAACUUUUAUGUCAAUUUAUCAGCCAUUGGAUCAAGACAGCGAAAUCAAGGAACCCUAUGCAUCUACAGGUGUUAUCUCAAGCGUCCAACCGAAGACAUGAAGUCAAACAAACCAAUGUACCUUUACCAACCGCGCUACAAUUCUUCUCAGCACUGGUUCCUCUUUUGUCUCUUAUUUAUGGACAUCGUUAUGGUGAUGAUGCAAAACAUGAUGACUUCCGAAAACAGAUCAUGACUGAUAACCGUAGUACGAAAGGUAUGGUACAACAAAUUGAAGUUAUUUUACGCAAGAAAAUCAAGAAUACGGUAGAGGUGGAAAGAGUUUUUUCACGAAGUCAUUCACAAGCUAUCAUGCAAAAAUGUAUCGACGCCUAUAUUCAAGAUUCACCACCUUAUUAUACUCAACAAUAUCAUUUGCUCAAGAGCCAAAAUGUUUUACGACUUUACAAUUCUUUAUCUCGUGGUCCAUCUGCUCUCGAAUUUGCUACUCGACUGGAACGUGAAUGUGAAAUUAUCUGGAAACAAGGUCGACAAAGUUGUGAAGCCAUCAGUUUGACUGGAAAAGUCUGUAGACUCAAGGAUGGACAUGAUAAGGUGGAAGAAAGUAAGGAUGAAGAGGAUGACAAUCACAAAACUGUCACAAGGGAUGAUCGAUUACUUAUCACCGACACGAAAGCACAUAGCUCUGGAUACUCUUUCAAUCAUGCUUGCACAUGUGGACGGUCUCGAAAAAUUAGAGAAGAUCCAUUUGAUAUUGAGGUUGCCAAUUAUUGGUUCUAUGAAAAAUUCGCUUGUUGUCUGGCUGAUGAACAUAAAGCAAUUGAUCUGGACGCUUCUACUUUUGGUAUUCAACAACAAUUGGUUUAUAACGAAGAUACUCUACCUCAUAGUGAUGCUGUAUUACUUUACAUUGGACCCGCAUCUGCAUAUCGGAAUACAGUGGGAUUAGAACGUUAUGAAGGCUAUACCGAAAAUACAAACUAUUUAUUACCUUGGAAUCUUACUACAGUAUCAGAACUUGAAGCAAAGGCGGCCAAAUCAGAACCAUCUAUUACCAACAAGGAAGUUACAGAACAAAAAAGAAAUACAACAGCAUCCAAGAAUGAAUGGCCCGCUCUUGGGAAAAACGUUGAGGUGCCAAUUUCCAAACCUCCUGUAACGGCGACUGCGGUAUCCAUGGAAAGCUUUCCCUCUCUCCAUACCACAAAGACAGCACCUAUUGUACCAAAUUUAAAGUCAAUCGCAACAACAACACCAUCGAAAUCAAGCAAAGACGAGCGAAGGAAAGAAAGACGACGACGAGAUGGGAAACGUAGUUAUCGCUUAGAAGGUCAAAUCCGUGGAUUUCUUGGUGCAGAAUAUGAAUGUCCUCAAGGUCAUCGCUUCCUUAGCUGUGGUGACGGUAGAGUUUGUAAGCUAGGUCACAAAGGUCAUCCAAAGGGACAUGGAAACCAUUUUAUUCAUCAAGAUCUUCCAUUGUAUGCAUUAUGCCCCUGCAACUUUGCUGAUUAUGGUCAUAAUAAAAUGAAUCCUGACAAACUUGCUCAGUUACAGCGUUUUUAUGUGGUGACUCCCGACGCCAAUGUUGAAAUCACUAUGAAACCAAAUAUCAAGAUCAAAUUACCUGAUACGGACGAGUCUGUAGAUUAUGAUCUUGGUAUUGAUGCACCAUUGAUUUUGCCUAGAAAUGGGAUCUAUGUAUUACGACUUCCUUUUAUUUACCGUGAUAUCAAGACUAAUCAAGCAUUGCCUUUGGAAAUGGAUAUCGAAAAACGAAUGAAAAAUGCCUAUAUUGAAAAAGGUUGCUUCGAGGUCCACUUUUAA